AUGAUGGGGAACUCAAAUCUUCCGUCACAGAAGAUAGAUGGUUUACCUAUAGUACAAGCUCAAGAUCAUGCUCCACAUACUUCCAACAAUCCUGUGCAAAUAGGCGAUUCAAGCUUAUCCCAAAAUCAAACUCAGAACCAAAAUCAACCUUCUUCACCGCAAGUACCAACUGCUUAUCCACAACCUCAACCAAAUGCAACCACUUCUCACCAUGCGUCUAAUUCUCAUUCCACUUCCACUGCUACUGCAAUUGCUCGCCAAGCAUCUCAUAUUCCUAAUUCACAACCAAGACUGAUUUCAACGUAUUUACAAUCGAAUCCAACACAUUCAGUAGGUAAAGCGAUAUAUGAAAACUUCCCUCAACCUAAUCCAUUAAAAAGAUUGGCAAGAAGAUUCAAAGUCAAACAUUCAGUCAUUGAAGGAUUAACAGAAGCUGAAUUAAAUAAAUGGCAAUCGAAAGGAAAAGAAUUAAGAAAAAAAGCAGGUUGGAAAUUGAAUGAUGAACAAGGUGAAGAAGCUGUUGUAGGUGAUUUGUUUUGGAAAAUGUACAUGUCAUUAUUACCUACUUUAGAGAGAGAUCCAUUGUCAGGUCUUGUACCUCCCGAUUUAUUAGGUUCAACAACAACUAUGCCAUUAACUGUUAUAUCUCUUAUUCCAGAUAUAAUGCGACAUUAUAGAGAUGUAAUAAUACGUGCUGAAAAAGAAGUGUUCCUAGCAACGAAUUACUGGCAACCGUCAAACUCAGUAAACACAAUCUCAGGGGCACUUCGAGAUUUAUCGGCUAGGAUCGUUAAAGCUGGUAAAGCUAAAGUCGUAGUGAAGAUAAUGUAUGAUAGAGGAUCAUGGGAACAAUUAUGGAACGCACAUGCUCCUGUAAAACCCAAUGAAUGGGCACCGUUAGAUCUGCCUGUCGAAAAGGAUAUACCGGGUUUAGAUAUGGAGGUCGUCAACUUUCACCGUGUAUUAUUGGGAACGUUUCAUGCGAAAUUCCUGAUCGUUGAUAGGAAAGUUGCGUUGAUUAAUAGUAACAAUAUCCAGGACCGACCAAAUCUUGAGAUGAUGACUCAUCUCGAAGGACCAGUCGUGGACUCAUUUUACGAAGUCGCCCUUCAUUCAUGGUGGAAUAAAUUAACACCCCCAUUACCAUGCAUGUCAGAACCAUAUCGACCACCUUUACACCCAGUAACCGGCAAACCUCACUAUUUGUUCCAAGAUCAUAAUCCAUAUCUUGAUGAUAUAGAAAUAAUGAAAGCUGCAAGAGCAGCAAGGUUGUUACUUCGUAGACAGACCAGAGAUAUAGACGAAGAAAAAGCCGCUCAGGAUCUACCAGGUGCAACUGAACGAUUACGUGAAGCUGUUAGGAGGGUCAUCGACGAACAAAAACAGAGUUUUAACGAGUGGAAACCGGGAGAAGAAUUAGAAGCUAGAGCCCAUAUAGCAAUGAAGGAAUUGAGAGAAUUUAGAGAAAAAUGGGGUUUGGGCGGUAUAAAUUCUAGAGCUCCUUCAAGAGGUCCUUCGAGAGGUCCAAGUAGAAGAGCAAGUCAAGAUGUCGGUCUGAUAAAAGCUCACAACAAGCAGGAAGAGGAGAAAGCAACGAUAACGUCGACGGCUCCUGAAUCAGAAGCACCUUCUUCACCCACUGUGACAGGUGAUAUACCAUUGAAAUCGAAAACAUAUCCUCAACCUGCUGAAACUGCAAAUGACGAACAAUGGGAUUCUUCUACUUUCAGAGAUCAUUAUGAUAUACCAAUGACACCAACGCGGAAAAGGAGUUUUGAUCGUCCAGUAGAUAAGCACGUUGGUUUCGCACCUCUGAAGACUGAUCUUGACGGAACAGGAAGGUUGUUCUUACCUGAAUCGAAUCAACGGGAAAUAUACAACUCGCCAGUCGAAACGAGAUUCCAGGAGAAUCACCCCAUAGUUUCAUCACCUGCAGCUUCAACAAUACAUUUGCCAUCUGAACAGACUAAUGGAAUACCAUUACUGGGAGAGGAGAUACCACACAAUGAGCGUGGUGAAAAAUUACCUUUUUCAGCUAUGGAUUCCCAAGAAGCUGGAAAUGCAUAUGAAAAGGCGAAGAAAAAAGUAGAAUUGACUAUUCCACCAGCAACAGCAACAGCAACAGCAACAGCAACGGAAACGAAUGAGAAAGAAGAUAAACAGAAUGAAAUACAGCCAGAAGGAACUGGAAGUAAAAGGAUGUUUGCUCUUUCCAAAAGGUUCAACGCUGGAGCUCUUUCAGAUGCUUGGGCAACAGUCGAAGAUUCAGAUGAAUUAGAUGAAUUCAAGCCUCAUGUCAUUCAUAAACCCCAUGACCCAUUCCCAAUAGCUAUGACUUGCAGGAAACCCCACGGAUUCCCAGGUCAUCAUGAUAUUCGAAAUCCUCAGAAUGCAGCUUGGUUGGCAGGUUUCAGAUAUGCUCAAAAGAAGAUCUUUGUCCAAACGCCGACUCUUAAUGCUCGACCGAUCGUAAGAGCCGUUAAACAGGCCUGUAGAAGGGGAGUAGAUGUUGUGUUGCUUCUUGAUUUAGGAUUCAACGAUAAAGGAGAAUCCAUCCCUUUCCAAGGAGGUACUAAUGAAGAAGUAGUCGAUAGGUUGUACAAGAUACUAAGAAAGGACAAGAAGGAACAGUAUCUGAAGGUAUAUUGGUAUACCGGUAAAGAUCAAGUCAGACCACUGAAUGCUGUUAAGAAACAAAGAAACUGUCAUAUCAAAUUUGCUGCUUAUGAUGAUCAAGUGGCUAUCUUUGGAAAUGGUAAUCAAGACAGUCAGUCAUGGUUCCACUCGCAAGAAAUCAACGUAAUGAUAGACAACAAGCAAGUCGUCAGCGAAAUGAUGGAGACGUUAUUAUCGAAUCAAAAUACUCUGAAAUAUGGGUUGGUUGACCCUGAUGGAACAUGGAGAGAUAAAGAAGGUCAUACACUAGAACAUUAUGGUGCGACUGCUAAAGGUACAUUCAGAGGUCUGUCGGGAUUCAUAGCUUUUGCAAAAACCAUUUAA